AUGGCUGAGGAUCUGAAGAGAAAGCUGCUCACCGUUCUUGCUGUCGUCUCGCUGAUCAGCUCAGCACAAGCAGGGAAUACAGACAGACUCUCAAAGCAUAACUGCACUGACUUCCAGACAGCACACUUCUUACGGGGCCAUAAACUUAAGGUCCAGUUUCUCCUGUUCACCUCCACAAGCCCCAGCUGUGGGGAGCUGAUUCUAGCUGACAAUGGCAUCAAGAACUCCAGCUUCAACAGCAGCCUGGAAACCAAGAUCAUAAUCCAUGGCUUCAGGGCUUUGGGUACCAAACCUUCCUGGAUUGAAGGGCUCGUCCUUGCCAUACUGCACACAAGUGAGGUGAACGUGAUCGCAGUAGACUGGGUUUAUGGGUCUACAGGAGCCUAUCGCUCCGCAGUGGAAAAUGUCACACAGCUGGCCCUCUCCAUCUCACAAUUCAUCAGCAAGCUCCUGGCCCUGGGAAUCUCAGGGACUUCCAUCCACAUCAUUGGGGUAAGCCUUGGUGCGCAUGUCGGGGGCCUGGUGGGGCACUUCCAUGGCGGUCAGCUGGGACGGAUAACAGGCCUGGAUCCCGCAGGCCCUAAGUACACUGGAGCCAGCCCUGAGGAACGUCUGGACCCUGGGGAUGCCCUCUUUGUGGAAGCCAUUCAUACUGAUGCUGACAAUUUUGGGAUCCGGAUUCCUGUAGGCCACAUCGAUUAUUUCGUCAAUGGAGGCAAAGAUCAGCCAGGAUGCCCCCGGUUCAUCUCUGCAGGCUAUAAGUAUCUGAUCUGUGAUCACAUGAGGGCAGUACAUCUCUAUGUCAGCGCCUUGAGACAUUCCUGUCCGAUGGUGGCGUUCCCCUGUACAAGUCAUCAGGAUUUUUUGAAUGGAUCUUGCCUGGACUGUGCUGACCCCUUCCUGUUCUCCUGUCCCAGAAUAGGCCUGCUGGAGCAGGCAGGUGUCAACAUGAGAAAGCUGCCCAAAGAAGUGAAAGUUUAUUUAAUGACCAGUCCCACAGCCCCAUUCUGUGUCCACCACAGCCUGGUUGAGUUCCACUUACAGAAGAAAAGAAACAGAGUCACCAGCAUUGAGAUCACUUUCUGCAGCAACAGCACCAAGGACACCGCGAAGAUCACCAUACCUAAGUACCAGGAGAUGGGCAAACGGCUGCUGGCCCAUAGAGUUCCCCUCUGCCAGAUAAACAGUGUGACCCUGAAGUAUAUCCCCAAGAAUCGGUUUUGGAGGAAGGAUGAGUCAUCCAUUGUCGGCAAGUUCUGCGUAGCCCUGCUGCCUCUGGACAGCAACAGGACAGUGUCAUGCCUGCCCUGGAACCUCACUCUCCCCAGCAACGCAGACAUCUCCUGCGAGCUGCCCGCUGCUUGUGCCUAG